CUGUGCUGUGCCGUGCGUAUAUAUAUGUCAGUGCUCUCAUUGUUUCGUGCAACCCAAAAAAAAGGGCAAAACCCCUCUGCGGUAUUUAGUCUGUACUCUCCGGCUAUUAUCGAAGAAUUAAAAUAUGGGUCAAGCUCUUGGAUGUGUUCAGGUGGAGCAGUCGAAAGUUUGUGUCAGCGAACAAUUUGGUAAGUUCAGUGGGACGCUGGAGCCUGGUUGCCACUGCUUGCCAUGGUGUUUUGGGUACCAAUUAGCUGGUACCCUAUCGCUGAGAGUUCAACAACUUGAUGUUCGAUGUGAAACAAAAACUAAGGAUAAUGUUUUCGUCACUGUGGUUGCAUCUGUUCAAUAUCGUGCUUUGGCAGACAAGGCAGUUGAUGCCUUCUAUAGGCUCACUAACACCAAAGGGCAAAUCCAAGCUUAUGUUUUUGAUGUCAUCAGGGCAAGUCUACCUAAGUUGAACUUGGAUGCUGCCUUUGAACAGAAGAAUGACAUUGCAAAAGCUGUUGAAGAAGAGCUUGAAAAGGCUAUGUCUGCGUAUGGAUAUGAAAUAGUGCAGACUCUUAUUGUGGAUAUAGAACCUGAUGUUCAUGUGAAGAGGGCCAUGAAUGAGAUAAAUGCAGCUGCUAGAAUGAGGCUCGCGGCAAAUGAGAAGGCUGAAGCAGAGAAAAUAUUGCAGAUCAAACGAGCUGAAGGAGAGGCAGAGUCGAAGUACCUCUCAGGGCUUGGCAUUGCACGUCAGCGCCAGGCCAUUGUUGAUGGGUUGAGGGAUAGUGUGCUUGCCUUCUCUGAGAAUGUUCCUGGUACAACUUCCAAGGAUGUCAUGGAUAUGGUUCUGGUGACACAAUACUUUGACACCAUGAAAGAGAUUGGUGCGUCCUCAAAGGCCACUUCUGUUUUCAUCCCUCAUGGCCCUGGAGCAGUGAAGGAUGUUGCCUCGCAGAUCCGGGAUGGACUCCUUCAGGGCAGUCAUGGUCAUGAUCAGUAGUAUAAUAUAAUGAAGCCUUAGACGGACUAGCAUGUUGGAUGUUAGUUCUAUAGUUUUAUGUUUGGUGUUUCUUAGCAAAUCAAUAAAUUUACAACUCUACUAAUAUGUUCCUUAUUAUGAACUAGUUAGUUUACAUAGUAAUGGUUUGAAUAGCAGAUAUUAAUAGUUUGGAAGGAAGUUCCUUAAUUGUGUGCGAUUA